GUGCAGAUCUCGGGUAACCCGGUGGCAUUAUGUAAAUAAAAGGGAAAACAAAGGAAGAACAAUUCUAAGCUAAAAUGACGAACCCCUAAGCAAGAUGGCCCAUCCCUAGUGUUUUCUUUUUUCUUUUUCCUAUCUUCCUUUUGUUUCGGGGUAACAAAAGUAACCUCGACGCUUAUGUACUAUUCAUUCAGACAUCGUAAUUUCGUCGACUUGUCGUACAGAUAGUUGGACGUUGAUUUCCUUUCUUCUAUAGUCCCCGUAUUGUUUUCAUAAUGUCUAGAGAGUUUCGCCUGUGAAAACGCUGUUGUUCAAGAGAAAAGCUAAAGAUCGUCAAUCGACAAAAUGUUUCGAACGCUUUCCCAGCGAGUAUGGCCAAGCAGGACUGUCCUUGUGCGAGAGAAGCAUACUCUUCCCGAUUUGCCAUACGACUACAACGCAUUGGAGCCAGUUAUUUCGGCGGAGAUUAUGCAACUGCAUCACCAGAAGCAUCAUCAGACCUACGUGACCAGUCUUAACCAGGCAGAAGAAAAGUUUCUGGAAGCAAAGGAGAAGAAUGAUUUAAAGACGAUGAUUGCUCUUACGUCUCAGCUUCGUUUUAAUGGCGGAGGCCACAUCAAUCAUUCCAUUCUUUGGCAGAAUUUUUCUCCUAAGGGAGGCGAACCUGAGGGAGACCUUUUGAAAGCGAUCGAAGCAAAUUUUGGCUCAUUCGAUACUUUGAAGAAUGGCCUGUCUUCAUCGGCCGUGUCUCUUCAGGGUUCUGGAUGGACGUGGUUGGGCUACAACAAGAGCACAAACAGCCUAGCUAUUGCCACUUGUUCUAAUCAAGAUCCUCUGGAGCCCACGACAGGGCUCGUCCCAUUGCUUGGAAUUGAUGUUUGGGAGCAUGCAUACUACUUGCAGUACAAGAGCGUCCGAGCAGACUACGUGAAAAAUGUCUUCAAGAUAAUUAAUUGGAAAGAUGUGGCCACUCGGCUGGCCACAGCAAGACAGUGAUUCGUCCCGAAUCCUGUGAUUUACUUGAACGACGAGCUUAUUAUUUUACGUUAGUUAAUUCGUUUGUUUGUUUUGUUUGUUUGUUUUUUUUCUCUUUUUGGUUUUUGAAUACAGAGAAAGUCUUGACCAAA